CGGAAGAAGUUAACUGUUUCUGUGUUGUGAUGAUUUCCAGAGUGGAGGAAAAGAAGACUUGACAAUUGGAUUUCUCAGUGUCAGUGUUUCUGUUGUACUUCGUAUUUUACAAGUUAAAGAAAUUCAUCAAAAAGUCUGAAUCAGUCAUUGGGAAUCAUCUAAAAAUGUUCAGCUUUGAGGGAGAUUUCAAAACACGACCCAAGGUGUCAUUGGGAGGAGCGAGUAAAAAGGAAGAAAAAGCCUCCUUGUUGCAUCGUACACAAGAAGAAAGACGGAAAAGAGAGGAAGAAAGAAAAAGGCUGAAAAACGCAAUCAUCAUUCAGUCCUACAUACGUGGCUACCAAGACCUAAAGCAACAGUAUGCCUUUCAGAGAGCUAAGUUUGAUGAGUCUGUCAGUCAGUCCCAGGCAGAGGGAACGCAGCACGUCAUGGCUGCCUCUACUCUAUGCCUCCUAUCGAGACGACUUAUAUUUUUCUACAGACAGAGUGUGGACGCACAUAGAUUGAUAUGGUUAUGCCAGAACCUGGUGAAACACAACAGUCAGUUCGUGAAGCUGUUGAACAGUCCCCAGAAACAGACGUGUGUAUUUCAGAUCAAAAGAAUCCUGGGAUUCUGCUGCAGACUCCUGCAAAACUGCCCAGAUGACAGUUUAAAUGUUGCUGUUCCCAUGCGGAUGUUAGAAAUCUUUUCUUCAGAGAGAACUUAUCUUCUUGUUAUUCCAGAUGCUAACAAUGUAGCUUCGUUACUUGAGCAGAUUUUGCACUAUAUGGUACAAAAAGGAUACUACAAGUCGCUGUACAGUCUUGUAAAUCACAGACUGCCCUCCAGUCUGGAGUACAGCGAUGCUCCCUCUAUUCCUCUGGCAAGCACACUGUUGGAGCACAUCCUCAAACCUUUGCACUUUACUUACUCCUCCUGCACAACAGGCGCAAGGCAGUUUGUAUUUGCGGCGUUUACCGAGGAGUUCAUCUCUGCGCCGUUCACCGAGCAGAUCUUUCACUUUUUUAUCCCGGCGCUGUCGGACCGUCGUCUCUCGUUCCCGUUCGAGGCCUUCCUGAGCUCCCUGAAGGUCACCAUCGACUCUUUCUCGGCAGCACAAAGCCAGGCGCCGUGGCUCUUCUACUUUGUCCUCUCUGCAGGAGAGAACUGCUUAGGCUCGCUGUCAGAGGAGGGACACCUGCUCUACCUUCGGGCUCUGGAGGCUCUACUGCCGCUGCUUCCGGUGUCGGAAAGCACCAGCCGGCCGGAAGUGAACAGUGAUUCAGAGGAUGAUGACGAUGGUGACAUGCACCCUACACCCAUGCAGGACAACAGCCGCAUUUCUGUGCAGCUGAUAACGGAGGAAUGCAUCCACAAGCUGGACACGAAACAGCAGACUAACGCCCUGCUGAACCUGGUUUGGAGGGACUCGGCCAGCGAGGAGGUCUUCACCAUGAUGGCAUCCAUUUGUCACACGCUCAUGGUGCAGCAUCGACUCAUGGUGCCAAAAGUCAGACUCCUGUACAGCUUAGCUUUCAAUGCACGAUUCCUGAGGCAUCUGUGGCACCUGAUAACCUCCAUGACAACUAAAAUGAUUACCGGCUCCAUGGUGCCGCUGCUCCAGCUGAUCUCUCGGGGUUCCCCCAUGUCAUUCGAAGAUUCGAACCGGAUCAUUCCCCUCUUUUACCUCUUCAGCUCUCUCUUCAGUCACUCGCUUAUCUCUGUGCAUGACAGCGAGUUCUUUGGGCAUGAAAUGGAAGGUCAGAUACAGUCCUCCAUGAUGCCCUUCACUCUGUCUGAGCUGGUGACUUUGUCCUGCUGCCUGAGAGACGCAUGCCUGGGAAUCAUCAAGCUGGCCUACCCCGAGACUAAAGCAGAGCACAGGGAGGAGUACAUGGCCGCCUUCCGCAGCGUGGGCGUCAAGACGAACACCGAGGUCCAGCGGCGCAUCCAGGCCGAGCAGAAGCGCUGGGUGCAGCUCUUCAAGGUCAUCACUAACUUGGUGAAGAUGCUGAAAGCUCGUGACAUCAGACGACCUUUCUGUCCAGUGGGUCACUGGCUGUCUGAGGAGGUCAACAUCCGGGCCGAUAAGGUCACCCAGCUUUAUGUCCCAUCAGCAAGACACGUGUGGAGAACAAGAAGGAUGGGGCGCAUUGGGCCUCUUCAGUCUACGCUUGAUGUUGGUUUUGAGCCUCCGCAGCUCUCUGUGUCUGAAGAGAGACACCUGGCCAUCCUCACAGAGUUGCCUUUUGUUGUUCCAUUUGAGGAGCGAGUCAAGAUCUUCCAGAGGUUGAUCUCUGUGGACAAACGUGACGUGCAGGGGGAUGGGCCGUUCCCCGACGGCAUCAAUGUCACCAUCAGACGCAACUACAUCUACGAAGACGCCUACGAUAAACUCUCCCCAGAAAACGAACCGGACCUUAAGAAGAGGAUUCGAGUCCACCUUCUCAACGCUCACGGUCUGGAUGAGGCAGGCAUCGACGGAGGCGGCAUCUUUCGCGAGUUCCUCAACGAGCUUCUCAAAUCGGGCUUCAAUCCCAACCAGGGCUUUUUCAAAACCACCAACGAGGGUUUGUUGUAUCCGAAUCCUGCUGCAGAGAUGCUGGUGGGCGACUCCUUCACAAGACACUACUACUUCCUGGGCAGGAUCCUUGGAAAGGCUCUCUACGAGAACAUGCUGGUGGAAUUGCCCUUCGCCAGCUUCUUCCUGUCCAAACUUCUGGGAACCAGUGCAGACGUGGACAUCCAUCACCUUGCCUCUUUAGACCCUGAGAUGUAUCGCAACCUGCUGUUCCUCAAGAGCUACGAGGGCGAUGUGGAAGAACUGGGUCUCAACUUCACUGUGGUCAACAACGACCUGGGAGAAGCUCAGGUGGUUGAACUGAAGCCAGGAGGAAAAGAUAUCCCAGUGACAACAGCCAACCGGAUAGCUUACAUCCAUUUAGUGGCUGACUACAGGCUCAACAAACAGAUCAGGCCUCACUGCCUGGCCUUCAGACAGGGUCUGGCCAAUGUGGUCAACCUUGAGUGGCUGCGCAUGUUUGAUCAGCAGGAAAUCCAGGUGCUGAUAUCUGGGGCUCAUGUUCCGAUUUGUCUCGAUGAUCUGAAAAACUUCACAAACUAUUCAGGUGGAUACUCUGCUAACCACCCUGUUAUUCAGAUCUUCUGGGAAGUGGUUGAAGGAUUUACAGAUGAAGAAAAGCGCAAACUGUUAAAGUUUGUCACCAGCUGCUCCAGACCUCCGCUGCUAGGCUUUAAGGAGCUUUAUCCAGCCUUCUGCAUUCACAACGGUGGGAGUGACCUGGAGCGCCUGCCUACAGCCAGCACCUGCAUGAACCUGCUCAAGCUCCCAGAGUUCUGCGACCAACACCUGAUGAGGAGCAAGCUGCUAUACGCCAUCGAGUCGAGCGCCGGGUUCGAGCUCAGCUGAGCCGGGACAAAAAGUUUGUUCGUUUCAGCGCCGGCGGACCCGACGCCACUGAGGUGGCUUUAGAGUAAAAGACUCUAAAUAGAAGAGAGAAGGCAAAAAAAAAA